AUUAAAUACGCGCGCACGAGCCCCACAACGCUCUCACGACACUCCACACUCCAAGCGAGCUAGAGCUAGAGCUAUAGAGAUCACUCUCCUUCUCCGCGUGAGGUAGUGACGCCCAGCCAUGGCAACAAUGGCACUGCGCGCCGUGGCAACGGCGCUGCUGGUGGUGGCGGCGUCCGUGUGCGGCGCGUCGGCGUCGACGCUGGUGCUGUACAACCGGUGCGGGGAGACGGUGUGGCCGGGCAUCCAGCCGAGCGCCGGGAAGGAGGUGCUGGCGCGCGGCGGGCUGCAGCUGGCGCCGGGGCGGUCGGCGUCGGUGCGGCUCCCCGCGGGGUGGUCGGGGCGCGUGUGGGGGCGGCAGGGGUGCUCGUUCGACGCGGCGGGGCGCGGGCGGUGCGCCACGGGCGACUGCGGCGGCGCGCUCUACUGCGGCGGCGCCGGGGGCGCGCCGCCGGCCACGCUGGCGGAGAUCACCCUGGGCACCGCGUCGUCCCAGGACUUCUACGACGUGAGCCUUGUGGACGGGUACAACAUCCCCAUCGCGAUGACGCCGGUGCACGGGUCGGGCGCCCGGUGCGCGGCGGCCGGGUGCGUGAGCGACCUGAACCGCGUGUGCCCCGCGGGGCUCGCCGUCCGCGGCGAGGGCCGCGUGGUGGGGUGCCGCAGCGCCUGCGCCGCCUACGGCGCGCCGCAGUACUGCUGCACGGGGCAGUUCGGGAGCCCCCAGCAGUGCAAGCCCACGGCCUACUCCCGCCUCUUCAAGUCGGCGUGCCCCAAGGCUUACUCCUACGCCUACGACGACCCGACGUCCAUCCUCACCUGCUCCGCCGGCGCCUCCUACGUCGUCACCUUCUGCCCGCACCGCCGCUGAACUUUUAUUUUUUUAAGGUCUUCGGCCGCGUGUUGUUAGUUAUCCUCUGCCUGCGUUUGCGUUUUGAUGUUCUGGCGUGCGUUCGUUUCACUUGCCUCCGUCACGCGUCUUCGGAAUCUCCAGAUCUUCCUCCCUAAGUAUAGCAAUGCACUCGGCUCUACUGCUGCUGCGUUUUGAAAACCUGGGAUCUGAAAUCUUGAACAGUAAAAAGUAGCUGCGGGCAUUCUCCA